AAAGAUGGCGCGGAACUGCGAGAAGAAGCUCAUUGGCCUCAACAGAUUAUGGCUUGCCAAGCAACAAAAAGAUGAAGAGGAGAGCCGUCCUAAGAGACCACAUCUGCGUUCACUGAACAGUGCUUCAGAGGUUAAAAAGUGGAUUCCUGGAAUAAAAAAGGAAUUGGACUAUUAUUUAGAUCAACUUUCUGGAGCCAGAAAACAUCGUUAUCCUGACACAAAAAUGAAAGAAUUUGAAAAGAAGGUGGAAGAACUUGAAAAUGAAUACAAAAGGUUUGUCAAAAAGGUUUAUGAAUUAGAUCCCAGCACAACAAGUGUUCCAUGGCAGCCAAGAGGUUAUGUCAGUAAACGGAAAACUACAGAUAGCUCACAAACAGAAGUGAAACCUAAAAAGAUCUGCACUCCUUUGUUGGAAAAGGAGGAUGCAAAUUCAUCAGAUGUGCAAAGUGGGAAGAUGAGAGAUUCUGCAGAUCUUCUAUUCACAGCCUGUAGCAGGACAACACAUCCUUCAAAUGACACAUGUAAAAUAAACUCAAAGAAUAUUGGAGGUGAUUUGGAACACCAGAGGGAUCAUAUAGAUGUUGGACCUAAACAUGCUCUAGGUUUAGAUUAUGACUCCUCCAGUGACUCUGAUGAUUCUUAGCACAGUUAAUAUCUAUAGGACUCAAGGCAGAACUUAAGAAUAAAUAUCAGGCAUCAGAACAAAACAGGGUAAGUUAGGUGAAGAUGGCUCUACCUCAGGUAUCUGGGUUACUUUCAAUACUAUUGAAACUACCUGGAAGGAAAAAGAACUAGAUAUAGAUAAUAUUGUUACAUAUACAUGUACAUGCUUACUCAAUGCAUUACUUAGAAAGUGCAAGAAGGAAAGAGAUUGUGGAAUGAAAUUUUAUUUCAUUUAUUCUAUUUAUUUGUCUACAGUAUAUACAAGAUAUAACAUUGUAAACUAAUAUUAUACAAAGGAAAAAAUAUUUUUUCUGUCUAAGAGGCAUAAACUGUUAUUUUCAUCAACUAUUCAGUCUUACACCAUGAUCUCAGCUGGUGAUGGCAGAUGCAAUUUUAUAUAAAUUUGUUUGCCUAUAGUUUUUCAAACAGUUGUUUAUUGUUUCCAUGGAAACAACAAAUGCAGUUCCCAUAAGUGACAUUUCUUAUUCUC